AUGGGCAAUCAGAAGUACAUGAACUACGGCAAAGAUGGUCGAUUAGUAUCUCACGAGACCUGCUACCAGUACCGUUGCGGCUGGGAUACAGGUGUAAGCUUCAUUCAUGCUAUACGUGAGAAGCAUCGCAGUACAUACUUUUGCAUCAACUACCCAUCUGGUGCGCGCGAACGAAUCAGAGCCAUUUUUCAACAUAAGGACCGGCGACACAUUCUUCAUCGAGACUUCUUCCUCGAUACCUUGGUCGCCGACGACAGCUUGAAGCAAUGGCAAUUAGAGAUAGGCCAGAGACGUGUCAUGCUCCUCAGCAUCGAGAAGACGCUUGAGAAACCUUCGACAGACGGAUGGGCAUCCACGACUAAUCCCGAGGAGUACACAUCGUCUAGAAACAACAACAAAGAUAACGCACCAUCCGUACUCAAAAGCUUCUACAAAUACGAAAAGCGGGACAUUGAGCAACAGCCCGGGGAUACGGCUACCGGUCCGCGCAAAGUUGAUACCGAGCAAUUCUGGAGGGAACAGCUCUUAAUGAGCUUUGGAAAUCCCGAAAACCCACAGGAAAUUGACUUUGACAAGGCGACGCGCCAUCUGCACAAGAUGGUGCGGCAUUGGCUUGGCUUGCGACAAGACUGCGAGGACCUCCUGGCGCAACUCAAGUUCCUGCAAAACACGUAUAGGAAGUUCAAAGAGAGAAGGGGUCGAGACUGGGUUUUCGACCGAAGAGCUGACGCAGAGGAGUCGUUUGAGGUUCUUAUUUCUCAGUGCGACGUCUGCGUACGCUGGACGCAAGUGUAUCUUGACCGUACCCAGCUCCGUAUCAACAUGUUAUUCCAUCUGGCCAACCAACAGACCGCCGCCGAUACCGCGCGGAUAGCUGAACAAACGCAACGCGACUCUGCCUCAAUGAUCACCAUUGCUGCGGUGACCAUGCUGUUCCUCCCAGGGACCUUCAUCUGUGCAAUUCUGAGCACCACAUUUUUCGACUUCGGCGAAGCCGCACUACAGGUCUCGAGUCAAUGGUGGGUGUUGCCGGCCGCCACCAUACCACUGACAGUUGCCGUCUUCGGUAUCUGGUGGGGAUGGCAACAACUGCGUCGGCAGCGCCAGUUGCGCAAGGUCACGAAGACGAAGGUACAAUUGCAGAAAUCGGCAAUGAAUAUGUGA